AAGUCUUCAUCUUCCCUUCCUUAACGCACUUCAAUAAAUAUAAAUACAGUUUACGCUGCAGGGAUUAGAAGGCUUCUUUCACCAAGAGUUCAGUAACUCCGCCGGUAUGUCUCUUGAAGAAAAAGAGAGGACAAAUGUGCGACUAGUGUUUUUGGGAGCAGCGGGUGUGGGGAAAACAGCCCUCAUCCAGCGCUUCUUAAAGGACACCUUUGAGCCCAAGCACCGCCGCACGGUAGAGGAGCUCCACAGGAAGGAGUAUGAGGUCGGGGGGGUCAAAGUCAACAUCAACAUCAUGGACACCAGCGGCAGCUACUCUUUCCCAGCCAUGAGAAGGCUCUCCAUCCAGAACAGCGAUGCCUUUGCACUGGUCUAUGCAGUGAAUGACCCGACAUCCCUGGAGGCGGUUAAGCGUCUGCGGGAUGAGAUUCUGGAGGUCAAGGAGGACAAGUACACGCCAAUUGUGGUGAUAGGAAACAAGAUUGACCGUCACCACGAGCGUCAAGUGUCAAGUGAGGAUGUCGUCUCGACAGUGGAGCUGGACUGGAACAACGCUUUCGUGGAGGCGUCUGCCAAAGACAACAUCAAUGUGCUCCAGGUGUUCCGGGAGCUUUUACAGCAAGCCAACCUGCCCAGCUGGCUGAGUCCGACACUGUGCCACUGGAGGGAGACCUUUCCCAAGGAGAAGAACGAGAUGGGGAAAAUGAACAAGGGCUGCCUCCUCUCCUAAUGAAGUGAUGGCAUAAGAGGAGACCGAUUACCGUACUGCAUGAAAAUGAGUGGUUACUACAUUGAUGAGAGGCUGACUGGAUAGAGCCCUCAAAGGACUACUCAUUGUCAGAAUUGCUUCUAAAUGAUAUCACAUGAAGUGAAUUUAAAGAUGGAUCAAUCCGUCUAUCGCUGAUCAAUAAAGACAAUCUAUAAUUUAUUAUUUCCAAUCCGUCACGUUAUUUGAAAGUGAAGAAUUGGCCCCACAGAAGUCAAGCAGCUUGUGUCUGUCUGAUGUCGCCCUCUCAUGGUCAACAUUUGUCAUGCAGCAGUUUGAAAAAUUGGGUCAGAAUGCAACUUUCGUGUGUCAUUUCUCGCCAAAUGUGGAGAUUCAAACAAUAUGGCUUUAUGUGGACAUGUUGGAACGAUGUGGAAAGCUGCCUCGGUCUUUGUUCCUGGACUGAAAGAGCAUCAUAUAAAACACUACCUA